CUGGUGCUAUCGUCUUUAUCAUUGCUGCUACCUCGAUUAGAGUAUAAAAGAAUGCACUGGUGUCAAUAUAAAGCCUGUCACUUCUGUUCUGCGUGUUUCAUUUUGCAGCUGACUUUACGAAACGUAGCAGUGAAGUGAGCAUUUAAGUGAAAUAAAAUCGAAAACAAAUAAUUUACAGAAAUGGCCCUAGAGACACCGACAUGGCUGAAUCUAUGCUUCGUGGAGAAGAUCCUGCGAAAGUCGGAAGGCGACAAUUCUAUCGAAGUGACCGAUAUAUUCUCGAAACCGGCCACGAGCAAAGGUGACAACUAUGCCAGCGACAUGAUCAGGAUUACUGUCGAAUUUUCACGUGAUCAGGGUGGCCGUAAGAUUUCAGAGAAGAAAUCAAUCAUCAUUAAAGCCUUGCCUACGGCCGAUGGUGUUCGACAGGAACUUAUCGCGCAAUCAGGUCUCUUUCAAACCGAAAUAUUAAUGAUGUCAGAUACCUUGGAUAAAAUGAAUAAGAUGUUAGAUCCAAAACACCGCUUAAGUGGGAAAGGUCUAUACGUACAAAAUGAAAAUCCAACGCUUUUGGCGAUCGAAGAUCUCGCGCCUCUCGGCUUUCGCAUGGCCUGUCGUCUGUCUGGUCUUGACCUAACUCAUUGCGUAUUGGCAAUUCGUGGAAUAGCCAGGUUUCAUGCAGCCUCUGUAGCCAUAUGCGAGAAGGAACCAAAGCAAAAAGAUAUGUAUUCAAGAGGAAUGUUUAGCAGCCUGCAACCAACAGAAUUGAGAGGUUUUUUCAAUAUGAGUGUUAAAGCUCUAGUAGAUGAAGUCGCAACCUGGCCAGAAAUGAAAAAAUACGCAAAUAAAAUUGCUAAACUUGUCGAUCGCAUAUAUGAAAUAGGAAUAGAUGUAGCCAGGCUCUCUGAUGAUGAAUUUAAUGUUAUUAAUCAUGGUGAUGUUUGGGUGAACAAUAUGUUGUUCAAAUAUGACAAUGAUGGCAAUCCUAUUGAUCACAUUUUUGUGGACUUCCAACUAUGUAUCUACGGAUCGCCGGCACUCGAUCUUCUCUAUUUUCUCAGUACAAGUCCUUCACCGGAUGUCAUUGAAAACAAGAAAGAUAUUUUAUUAAACGAAUAUCUUGGCACUUUAUCGAUGACUAUGAAACAACUAAACUGCAAUACGCAGCCGCCCACUAUGGAGGAACUGAAGACUGCCUUAAAACGAAAAGCUAGCUACGGGAUGAUAGCAUCCUUCUCAGUUUUGCCGAUAGUAUUGUGUUGUAAAACUGAGGCGAAAGAUUUAGGAGAGCUCAUAACCGAUGGUUUUUCAAAUCCAGGUCUUAAAAGUGAAAGUUAUAAAAAAUUAAUGUGCAAAAGACUUCCACAGUAUGAUGAGUGGGGUUUACUAGAUCUCUAACGCAUAUUUAUAAUAAAGAUCUUUAAUAAUAAAGAA